AAAAAGAAAUCCAGGCGAAAAUGGCUGCCUCUCUCAUCUAAACCUCAUCUAAACCUCUGUUCAAAGGAUUAAAUGAGCAUCAAAUAGGCAGCAGAAAUCGCCGUCCCGCUUCAAGACAAUACUAAUGGACGCCAGGGCGUAGUUUGAGCGGCGUCUUCACAAAUAUGUUGUGGCUGCCAGAGAAGGAAAAUGAAUGCGAUCCAAAAUUAACCCUUUCCAUCUAACAUCCACCAACAAAUGAGAAAAUGAUGCAUCAAGUGACCAGCAAUAACAGUGACUAUUGUAUGAGUGGACUGGCAGAGGACUGUCAUCCAGCCAGCCACUUUGAUUUAUGUAGCACACAAUCCAACAAAUUCUACCCCUCUCAGACAACCCCUGGUUUGCAGCUGUCCCUUGCCGGCCUAGCCCCUUUGCCACAGGGCAUGCACAAAGCCAUGAUAUGUCAAAUGCAAGACUCCCAGAACGACUUCCAGGCUCAGACGGUGAGAAUCAGGGGCAGUGAGGCUGCAGGGCCUGAUGGCUCCAAGAAGAAAAAGGGCCUAGUGAAGUCAGGGCGGAGAGGGAGGCCAUCAGGGACCACAAAGUCAGCUGGUUACCGUACAAGUACUGGGCGUCCACUUGGGACAACUAGAGCAGCUGGGUUCAAAACCAGUCCAGGGAGGCCCCUUGGUACCACCAAAGCAGCAGGAUACAAGGUCAGCCCCGGCAGGCCCCCUGGCAGCAUCAAGAGUCUAGCUCGGCUCAAGAAGCCGGAGUUUGGUUGCGACAGCGCCAAGAAACUUGACUUUAUCAACUGCAGCGUUCCCAAGAAACUGGACUUCACUAGCUGUGAUGUUCCACCUUUUCCAUACGCCAUGAUGGAGAAAAGACCCCUCUGCGAGCCCAGUGGCAAAGUGGAUGAGACCAUCGAAUAGUUCUGCAGCUUUCAUUCAAGUGCAUGAGCAAGAAGAUGCUGAGGAAAACAUGUAUCUCAAAUGUUGGAGGAAAUAACUUUUUGCCAUUUAUAAAUGGCUCUGACUGAGUGUUUGUACAGUGUUUGACAUUGUCUUCAUCCUCUCAUUUUACAUGACUGAAUUAGAAGUAAGUUAUUCCAGUUUGGCUGAGAUGCAUGCAUGUGAUUUAAUCACACCAAUAGGCAAAACAUGUAUUUAUCAGUUUGUGGUUUCCCUCAAGCAUUUUGUUCCUAUGAGUUGUUUUUUUUCUCUGCUUUAAUAUUUCUAUGGCCCGGUUCUUGUGACAUUUUCUACAUUUAUAAAAAUUGCAUUUUUAGUACUAACAGCCAGUCAAAUCAGCUUUUUCCUGAGCAUAAAUAUGUGGAUGUAUAGUUAUCAUUUCUGUGUCGUCCAGUUCAAUAUGUGUUUUAUUUGUGAUUUCUGCAUCAUACUUAAAAUGUCAGCACUGCAAUACAUUUUGAAAUAGCUUGAACUGGUAAAACUCACUGCAUAAUAUCCUUUUGAACACAUUAUUUGUUAUUUCUUCACUUUGCGAAUAUAAUUUUAUGUAUUGUAACAGCCUGUUUUCAUCCCUAAACUCACUUUAUAAGCACUUCCAGAUUUACGUGUAUGUUAUGCUGUUAUUAUGGGAUCAUGGCUUCAUAAAACAGAAAAAAAUGAUUUGUCGUAUAUGUAAUAAAUGCUAAUGUUAUGUAUGUGAAACCAAAAUAAAAUAAAUUCUUUUCCACGUAACUACUGUAUUUCCUGUCAAAUCGAAAGCAUGUAAUUCUCCCUGUAGACACAAGAGGGCCCGUGUAGACAAUAGUAAUCACCUUGUAAUAAUACCUUUAUGUACACCCUGUUCAAUUAA